AUGGAUUCAAGUGAGAGGAAAAAGGCGACACACCUGAGAUGCGAGCGGCAACGGAGAGAGGCGAUAAAUGUGAGAUUUUUUGAUUAUUUUUUGAGGAUUUUAGGAGUUCAAGUGCGAAAUAAAGUGUGGUAAAGAUUGGAAAUACUAUUUUGAGUAGUUGCAAAUGAUAGUAGAUUAAUUAAAAUUGUAUUUCCAAAGAUUUUAAGGUUGAAUUUACCACUAUUUUACAUAUUUCUUAAUAAAAAUCACAAAAAAUUGUAAUCCUACAACUUUCUUUGCUAUUUUCUAUAAUUUUUCAAUUAACUACGGCCCUCUAGAGUAUGCUGAUUAUAGAAAAAGAGUAUUUUUAACAGGAUAAUCAUCUUUUUCAGACCGGUUACAGCGACCUGAAAGAGCUUCUCCCCCAAUCGACCUCUUUUGCCGGCUGCAAAACAACAAACGCUUCGAUAUUAUUCAGAGCCGCUGAUUAUGUCAAAUCACUGGACGAGGCCAUCGCUGAAAAGGAAAAACAGAUCAACGGAUACACCUCUCAACAAGCGGCCAUGUGCAUGAUAAUACAGCAGUAUGAAAAUAUGGGAGCGGACAAACCUCAGCCAAUGCAGAUGCAAGUGGUAAGUCGAUAGCAGCGGUGUUGAAAUUGUCAAAAUUGGGGCUAAAAAAUUGUUUGGGGACAAGAUAUGACUAUAAAAAAUAAGCAACUCGAUUUUUAUGAUGACUUUUGGAUAAAAUUGAAUAUUUGUUAUCGAAGAUCUUCUAAAACAGUAAUUUUUUUAGAUGGAUAGUCUCUACAUGUUAUCAUCUUGAGGCUAGAUACCCCAUCUGUAUAGUAGAAACAUUAUAAAUUACUUUUUUUUAUUGUCUUAGACAUCACCUAGUAUAAUAUAAAAACCUUUGUUUUGAUAUCAAAUCAAGCCUUAUAUUUGGUCUCAAUACUUUCAAUAUACCCUAAAUAAUAUUUACUUUCAGUUAAAAGCCUUCCUCGACGAAUGUUUCAAAUCGUUUUCGAAGGAUGUCCAAUUAACUGACUACCAAGCCCUUACAAAAUCACUUUUAAUGUGGGUCGAGAAAGUGCCAUACGAAGAGAUUCUACAGAAAAUGCUGGAGCAGACAAAGUAA